AUGUCCAAUACCAAGAACGAACCCAUCCAUAGCUCAGAUCUGCUUGCUACUCUCCAGUAUUCACAGCAAGCACCAAUUCUACUUGGCCGACAAAGCAAAUCGAAUAUGGCACCAUUAUCACUCAUUACGUCUGCUGCAGGUCAGCCCGAAGAAUAUGCAAUGAUAGAACGGCUUUUCUUUGCUUGUUUACAGACAGGAGAUGACAAGUCAGCUCUCAUAUGCCUUGAUAAGCUAACGAAGUUCUUUGGGCGAUCAAAUGAAAGGAUAAUGGGGCUACAUGGCCUUUACGAAGAGGCGAUUGCUGGAGAUAAUUCUGCUUUGGAGAAGUGCCUUCGUGAAUAUGACGAUAUACUGCAACAGAAUCCAGUCAACUUGCCCGUCUUGAAACGUCGGAUUGCUCUUUUGCGAUCACUGUCCCGGCCUGCAGACGCCAUAAGUAGCCUGAUAAAACUCCUGGAGGCCACUCCCACAGAUACGGAAGCUUGGUGCGAGCUUGCAGAUUUAUAUCGAUCCCAAGGGAUGAGUUCUCAGGCGAUUUUUUGUCUUGAGGAGGCCCUUUUAAUCACCCCAAAUGCUUGGAAUGUUCAUGCUUGCUUGGCCGAGCUGUUAUAUGUUUGUGCUACUUCACCAGAUAAUGGUGACCCAUCCAAACUUCUGAGAAGAUCAAUGCGUCACUAUUGUAGGAGCAUUGAACUCUGCGAUGACUAUCUGCGAGGGUUUUAUGGGUUAGCGUUGGUCACGUCAUUGCUACUUGAAACCGAGGAGAGUUGUAUAAUGGAAGAAGUUUCUCUCAAGAAAACACUUCCAAAACUCAAUGCAUUUGCUUUUCAGAAACUCGAAGCAAUCGUUAAGUCGCGAUUUAUGGAUUAUCAGGGCCAGAAGUGCUGUCAAAGUGAGCUGAUUGCAGCAAGGGAGCUCCUCAACCGAUUCGGCAAGUCUAGUUGA